AUUCAUCACUGCGCGUUACCUUGUGUAGUAUCAGUGACAAGUUAGAUUGGAUUGGAGACGAACUGAACUCAUUUGGCCGCGAAAAGCAAAAUCUCGCCGGAAAACACUGCCGGAGUUGAUCUUCAGCCGCAAGAAUCUGUGAGAAAUUCAUCCAGAGAGAAGGUAAAAGGGGGUUAUGGCAGGAAAAGCUGCUGGUUCAGUGGCGAAGGCGGUAGCGGAAUAUCAAUAUCCAUGGCGUGAGAAGUUAGCGAAAUACAAGGAUGAAUUGGCCAAGGGAGUGUACGGGUACUGGGAGCUAGGGGCAUGGAAGCCGCUUAGUAUUAGUGCUCGGCAUAGGGCACGAAUUCGUAAAGAAGUUCUUCUUGCUGGGGAAGAUUGGACUUAUGAUCCUGAAAGGAAGGAAAUGAGGACGAGGCGAAAAGGACAUAAGGUUGAUAGGAUAGCGGCCGAGAAGAGGGCAAACACUGCUAAGUUGAUGGAGAAGAUGCCGGAUAUGUUGCUUGAGUACAAGAAGAGAAAGUGGGCGAAGAAGAUGAAGGAAGAAGACAAAGCCAAAUAAUAAUUUUGCUCAUUCGGGUAUGCCUUUCUUUGUGCUUCAAAUAUUCCUUUAGUUUGGAAGGAUUUAUUCACUAAUCGUGUCCUAAAAAAUUGAUUUAAUUAUGCAAUGUUACACCUGUUUUUUGGGUUUUAUUGUAAAAGGAGUUUUUAGGCUUCAUGGAUGAUUAAUACUUUGUUGUGUAUUUCAAUCUAUCCAUAAUAACCUCUUUCGAGAGUUUGACCUUGUGAUUGAUUAUAAGAGGGGAAAAGGCAUACAGCUUACUCCAUGAAAGCUAUUGUUACUUAGUUUUUCUUUUGAUCUGCUUGGCUGAAUGCGCGUUGGAAAUCAUGCACUCUGUGCUAAACUCCCUUACGGAGGCCAUAUUGUUAUUCUUGUUUUUUAACCUAGGGAUAUUAAAGUUUUCUUGUUAUUAGUAUUACAAGAUUGGAUUACUGUCA